GGAUCACGGGAAGCGAAAGUAAGCAUGACUUGCGAGAUCGCAUCAGCGAUAUUUAUUCUUAUGUUCAUAUAUCAUGAGACCGCUCGAGCACUCCCUCUGCCAGCAAGAGAGAAUGGUGAGUUACUCAAUCUUUACCAAUCAGCUGGCGUGGUACUUGGGGCAGUUGCACAGUCUACCUGCUGCGUUAUCCUGCUAAAUGAUGUCAAGGAGUCACACUCGUCCGAGUCAAUUUUUGAUCAGCUGGUGGCCCCCUGGGGUGUGGGGCUGCUCGAGGUGGCAGUGGACGGCCAGGACGCUAACGUGACGCAGGCGCAGCUCUCCCGGGUGGUCGACGAGGCUCGGCGGCUGCGGCAGGUGUCAUGGUGCGUGACGGUGGUGGUGGUGAGCGACGACCCAGCCUUCCUCGCCGCCUUCGCCGAGUGGUCCCUCAAGGGCCGCCUCCUGGUAUGGUCGACGAGGCUUCUCGCUGUCACCCGCCUGCCCCUCCCUGAGCUCCAACACGUACUGACUUCUCAUUGGACAUAUUCUAUGAUGAAUGCUAUGGUGCUUAUCUUGGAAGACACACAAAGGGAACCCAGAUUCAGUCUGUAUGUUCAUCUACCAUACACAACGUCUGGGGCAAGAGUUGAGAGGACGGCAUUCUGGACGAAGAACCGUGGCCUGGUAAUGAUAAACAAACUCCACAUAUUUCCUGACAAGUUCGACAACUUUUUUGGAGCCAGUAUAGAUGUUACGGCGCUUCCAUAUAAACCGUACUGGGGAGUGGAGGCGGACCAAAGUUACGUAGGUAGUGACGCCAUGAUGCUAAAGUCCAUCGGCCACUCCCUCAACUUUACCUUCCAUGUCCUUCCCACUGCUAACUGGGCCGAGGUUACGAGGUUAGUAGAGGAGAGAAUAUCCUUUAUCGCCCCGGUAUCCCACACAUUACUACCACAACGUAGUCUUUUAUAUGACUAUACAUACGCCUACGAGCAUGUGUUUAUGCAUUUUUUCAUGACCAAACCUUUGCUGAGCUCCAACUGGCAAAGUUUGUACGACCCUCUGGCAGACGAGGUGUGGACGUCAAUAUUAGUGGUCCUGCUUCUGAUGCCUCUCCUGUUGAUCGCGAUCACACGACCAGAACACGGAGAAGAGUUUGAUAAGAAAUUAAAACAGGGAGACGCAGCACAUAUAGUUGUUGGAACUUUCCUGGAUCAGAGUGUCAACAAACGCCACAUUGUAAACAGCGCGAGUCGGGUGUUGGUGGCGGCUUGGUUGGUAUUCUCUUUCAUCGUGGGGACGGCUUACCGCAGCAACCUCACUGCAGCCCUCACACUGCCCAAGUACCCGUCCAGGCCAGAGACUCUAGAGCAACUCGUCAGGGUCGCAGACAAAGUGACCAUGGCACCUUACGGGGAAGAGUUUCGACAGUUCUUCAAGCAAUCAGAGUCUGAUGUGUUUCACGCCCUCUCUGAGAUCAUGCAUAUUGUACCCUCUACUGCCCAUGGACUUCAAUGGGCUGCUGAAAAAAAACUACCUUAUAUUGACGGGAUCCGGUAUCUGAGGCAGAUGGUCGCGGAUAAAUUCACAAGGGUGGAUGGCAGCACACAAAUGUUUAUUGGAAGAGAAAGCAUUUUGCCUGCCCUAGGAGGGUGGCCCAUACCUCACGACGCUCCCUAUAAACACCAAAUAGAUAAACACAUGCUGUACAUCCUUGAAGCUGGACUGUACGAAAAGUGGAUAGAAGACGUGAUUCUUAGAACUAAGCAAGAAACUCGUAGGAGACUACAGGAACACCAGAAGCAAGGCCAGAAGGUGACCACCGCACAGGUCGAUGACGACAAGAAGAAUCAGGCACUGAAACUCGUCCACAUGCAAGGACCUUUAAUACUUCUCCUCCUGGGCCUUUCUUUAUCUUUUUUCAUCUUUGCCAUUGAGCUUCUUAACAAGAUCUUCAAUAAGAAAACUAAAUAAAAUAAUAAAGUUUAUAACUAAAAUAUGAUUUAGGCAUAAAAGGACUGUAGCUGUUUUAAUAAUUAAAAAAAAAACGCCUGUCAAUAAUAGUUGGAGUAAUGUUAAAAGAUAUAAUUUAUUAUUUAAGGGAACCCAUGAGGAGCUUCAGCUUUGGCUUUCACUCCGUGAUAUCCCAGCAAAUGUAGUUUCUUCCGUGUCUUUCACUUCCCAAAUUUACGUUCUGAAUAAAAGUGGUAAAUUUUUGCAAGAUGGCAGGUUAAAAUCACUAACGAGAGGCCCCUUAAUUCAGUGCUAAUGUUUGCUUCUAAUUUAAUGUAGUGUCGUUUUUGUGAAGAAAACAAUGUACUGUACAGACAGGGUAGUAGAUAGUAGGCAGUAGGCAGCUAUCAAACAGGGAGGUACUACCGCCUGGGAAGAUA